AUGCUUGACUCAGUGGAAUUAGAUAAAUAAAUUUAAACUUACAACUUUAAAGCAGACAUGAAUGAGUAUAAUAUAGAUACUUGUUUUGAUUAUGGAUUGUGGAGUCGAUAUACUCCUCUCAGUAACAUAAAUCAACUUGGACUAGUGGGUAUUUUUGAUAGUAAUUGUUUUCACCUUCACAGCGCCUUAGAAUAUUCAAAUGAAAGGUUGAAUUUCAUAUUUUAUGAUUGUGUUGAUUAUGACACAAAGACAAUCUAAAGGAAUAUUUAAUUUAUUAGUGAUGAUAAUAAGCUCUAUAAAUAUGAAAUUUCAAUAGAUAAGUAAGAAUACGAAUUUUAUUGGCAUUAUUUUACAAUUAUUGUAUGGCCAUAAUAAAAAAAAAUGGAGCUAAUAUUAGUUUAAUACCCUGUAAUAUUAUUUUAAGAAACAAUAAGUAUUUCAUUUCCAUUUAUUGACGUAAAUUUAAUAUUGAGAUUUGGGGGUGGAUUAAUUGUAAAUGACUCAAAAGACCAGGUUCUAUAAUUGGAUACAAAGUAAUUUUCAUAUUUACCAGGAAUUAUGUAUUUGCAUCCUUUAGGUAUACAAGAUGAGAAAUUUGGUUUGAAGUUUGUUUAUGCGGCAAUAGAUUUAUUCGAUUACUCUUAUACAUCAAUUUGCUUUUGCAGUAUGAACACAAAUAUAAACUUAUAAGAUUAAGAUAUGUCUUGGUUAGAUCAUAAUUUAUUCGCCUCCUAAUAAAAGAAUUGCGAUUCUUUUGUUUUAUCUACUUGGAUUAAAAUAGAUAAAAUAUUUUUCGCUGAUUAGGACUUUUUAUACUAAUUUAUAAAAAUUUCAGCUAAUUUUGAAAAUACUUAGUUAACAAAUGAAAAUUUAUCACCUUUUCAACUCUUUUAUAAGAUUUCUUCCUUAUAGAAUCAAUUAAUAUUUACCACAUAUAGCUUUACAUUUCCAUCAGUUUCAAUAGAUUUUAUUAAAGAAAGUUUUUUAAUUAAGAAAGAGUUUGAUAUAUUAAAUGAAAUUAAUAGAUGGCAAUAUUUGCUAGUUUAUUUAAAGGAAAAUGAAAUGUCAAUAUCAUUAACUUUUUAUUAAGAUUCUCAACAACAUAACUAUAAAGCCGAUGUUUAAGUGAAUUAAUUUCAUUUCAUUCAAUUUAAGCUACAAUACGGAAACAUUCUCCAAUAGACUUCAAACUAUUUAGACAUAAAGAUUAGAGAUAUGAAAUUUCUAAAUUGUUUAGAUACAGAUAUGCCUUUAAGAAAGUGUCAUUAUAGUUGCAAAGAUUGUGAUGGACCGACAAAUAAUGAUUGCUUAUCAUGUUCAGAGUAAUCUAAGAGGAUUUAUCUACCAGAAUAUAGAUCCUGCAUCUGCCCUUAUGAUUUGAUUGACACUUAAGAAUGCAAGGAUUAUGAAGAUUUACAUCUUUAAUUAUAGUCUAAUGAUGAUUAUGAAUAAAAAUGCCAAUAUGGAUAUUUUGAAGUAAAAGAUACUUGCCUAAAAUGGUAAAUAUAACACUAUUUAUAGUCCUUCAAUUAUAAAGCAUAACUUGAUCACUUGUUUAGAAUGUAUAGAAAAUUCUUAAACUUGGAGUUUGGAUCCUUAUUGCUUUACUAAUUUAUAUUUAGAUGACACAGGAAGCCCAGUAUAGUAUUUUGAGGAUAUUAGUAAGACUUAUUACAUAUAUGAUGAUGUUGAUUUAAAUACAUGCCAUUCUUGUUAGUCUGAAUUUAUGAAUGACAUAGAUUUCAUUUAUAAUUUUUAUGUAUCCUUGAAUCAAAAAGAGGUUCUUUUAUUUUGCAAUCAAUAAACAACAACAAAGUGUAUUUACUGUAAUUUUAUAAAUUGCAAUUAAUGUGGAAUUUCAUUAACAGGAAUUAUUUGUUUGUAUUGCAAGGGUCCAGGAGAAAAGAUUGAUGGACUUUGUAUCUUAACUCGACCAGGUUAUAAGAAAGAUAAGAUUUGUCAGAGUCCUUAUUAUGUAACAUCCCAAAAAUAAUGUGACUUAUGCCCUAUUGACAACUGUGUAUAUUGUUUUGAAUACUACAAUAAUGAUCUUUCUAAAAGUACACUUUAUAAUGAUUUUGCUACUUUUCCUAUAAAUGAAUUUCAUAAAAUCGGUUGUGCUCUAUGUAAUUCUGGAUAUAGAUUUGAUUUUACAACCGAAAAAUGCAUUUAUCAACAGCCAUCCAUUCAAAAUUGUUUAAGAUCAUUUAUAAACAUGGAUAGUUAGGAAGUUUGCACCUUAUCUUAAGUUGAAGAUUUUAAAAUUGCUCCUGAAAUUUUCAAUUGUUAACACCAUAUUCCUAACUGUAUCUAAUGUCUAUUAACUCCUCUGCAAGUUUUGAUUUGCACACUCUGUGAUCCCGGAUAUCAAACUGAUUCAAUGACCGGUCAUUGUAAAAUAUGCGACAUUGAACAUGCAGUAAUAUGUAUGGAAACCAAUUUAGGAUUAGAAAAUAGUUGGAAUUAACUAAUAAAAAGCUUUAUACUACAAUUCUUAUCUGAUAAGUAUUAUUACCCCUUUUCAGUUUCGUAUGAUACAAUUACUGUGGCAUUAAAGUGUAAGAAUGGUUUUCAAACCUUCACGAAAUCUCUUUCAGCAUGUUUAGAAUAUUGUGAUUCCAGUUGUUUAGAGUGCGUCGAAAAUUAAUAAUAAUAUAGUUUUGUAUGUGGAAAAUGUUAACGAAAUUAUUAUUAACAGCCUAUACUAGUGGAAAACAAAGGUAAAUGUCAAGUCUGUCCUCCAUUGUGUGAAAUUUGCAAACCUAGAUCAACAAUUGAAAUUUAAGUAUUUAAUUGUCAAUUAUAAUAUAGACUAUAAACUCUAAUUAUUAAAUAACCGAUUCUAAUGCCAUUUAUACUUACCAAUGCAUCAAACCUGUUUCAAAUCCAAAUAUAAGAAUUAAUCCCUAAUUAAAGGUUGCACAAUAUUGUUUUUAAGAAAAUUGCAAAUACAGCUUAUUAUAUGAAGUAAUUAAACUUGUUUUAUUAGAUCCUUUAAACAAGUAAUUAUGAUGAUAUAGACACGUUCAUUCCUAUUUCUCCUAAGUAUUUUGAAAAUUAAGUAAAUGUAGAAUUUUGUAACCGAAUUGGUCUACAAAAGUUAAUCAUACAUCAUAAACAUUUAAUAGAAAGCGAUACUCCUAAUUUAAACCAAAUUCAACCAGAUUUUUUACAGAAUGAGUUUAAAAACAAUAUCUUUACUUUAUAGCAAGUACAUCUAAUUUAUUAAGGCUAUGAUAAAUCUGCAAAUAAUUAUUUGCCUCUAGUAUUAAUAUAGAACUUUGAUAAAGUGGAGAUUCUGAGAAUGAAUUUUAUCAUUACAAAUGAAUUUAAAUUACAUCUUCUUAAUAACAAUAAUUUUAUUGAUGUGAAAUUUAUUGAUAUUAUUAUAACUCAAAAAGAACAGAGCGGGGCAAAAUUAGCAAUUACCUCGACUGGCUUUAAAAACUUUGAAUUUUAGAAUGUAUCAAUACAGAACUACGAUGUAUCAGAUUCAAUUGUAUUUGAUAUGAAAUUAGAAUCAAAAGGGGAAGAUGUUAUUAUUAAUAAUUUUUCAAUUGUCAAUUGCACAAUCUUCAAUUCAGUUAUAUUCAAUUUUGCUAACAAUACAAGAAAGAUAAUAAUGGAAAAUUUAAUAUUGUAAUCCUCUUAAUUUGUUAAUUCUAACUUUAUAAAUUUUACUCUCUUGCUAUAGGAUAAUGUAGAGAUAAGAAUUAAAAAUGUCUAAAUUAACCAUUGUAACUUUAAUAACUUUAAUUUUUUAUAUAGCUUCGGAUCCUCUAAAUUUGAUAUCCAAAAUUUAUCAUUCCACUAUAAUACAUUUUAAGAAUCGACUUUUUUUAUUAUAUUUUCAUAAAUUAUGCUGAAGGAUGUAUUUUUAAUGAAUAACAAAUUUACUAAUGGGUCGUUUCUGAUUGCUGACUAUUAAUUAGCGCAAUUUGUUUAUUCAUCAAUAGAAAAUAUCAUUGUAGGUCAAAAUCAAUUGGCCAAUUUCAGUUUUUUAAUAUUAUUUUCAAAUUGCUAAACAAAUAAUGCCUGGAAUUUAAAAAACUUUGUUUUUUUUGAGAAUAUUAAAUCAAGUAUUGUAUAAUAAUUCCUAUUCAACAUUAGUUGCUAAACUUCACUGUAAGUUUCUGGUUUAAUCAUCAAAAAUUAAAUUAGCUUUCCCUAUUUUUAUUUAUUAGAUAUUUAAAGCAUUCUAAUCUCUAAUGUAACUUAUACUAAUGAUAUUUAAAAGGAGAAGAUACCUUCAUCAUUAAAUUGUUUUCACGACAAUUAUGGUUAAUAUAAUCCAUAAUUAAUACAAAUCUAUGGUUUAGUCAAUGUAGAAAUUAGAUAUGUCAAUAUUUCUAAUCAAUUUAGUAUUGAUUAAUCCCUCAUCUUAAUAUAAACAAAUAUAUUCUUUUAGUCUGGUAAAAUUGAGAAAAUAGAAAUCUCAGACAUAUGCUUUUUUGGUAACAUUUUGUUAAAGAGAAGUCUUGGAAAUUUUUUGUCGUAAAUUACAAUAUACUCAGAAAAGUAAUAAGAAAUAAGUUUAAGAAAUGUCAUUUUUAAAGAAAACUCCUAAAAUUAAUAUAUUGAUGAUCCAAAUUUGUCUUCAACAACCCUUCUUUACAUUAAUUCUUAAUAAAGUAAUGUAAUAAUAACUAAUAUCUCAUGCUUUAAUAAUGCUUUAACAAAUUCAUCUUCCUCUUUUAUUUUCAUUUCUGCUUAUUCUAUAUAAUUUAAUCAGGUGUAUGUUUAUGGUCAUAAUAAGUAAAGCUAUUCAAUUUGGACCAAAUAUUAUGACCUAGUAAUUUUAAGUAUUGAAUACUAGAAUAAAAUAAAUUUAGUAAUAUAACAGACAUUUCCGAUUAAAACCAAAGGUGGGGUUUUUUCAUUAAUUGCUACUAAAUACACUCUUUUUGAUGGUACUUUUCUUGAUAUUUAUGCUGAGAGUAGUAGUGUAUUAGCACUAAAAACUUAAGGUUAAGGAUAGGUAAGUUUGUAAAAUGUUGAAUUUGUUUCUGUUUAAACUACUUUUUCAUAGAUAGGAAACACAGAUGGAUGUCUUAGUAUUUAGUCUCAAAACAGUCUAUUAUUACUUACCUUAACUAAUAUAACUUUUAAUUCAGUCUAAAAUGUUUUAUCAUCAUCAAUAUUGACAAUUUACCCUUCUUUUAAUUAGAAUUACAUUAAAUUGGAAAAUAUAAAAGUAAUAAAUUGUUUUUCUUUGAUGGAUUAAAUAAUGAAGGUGGAAUUUCAACACACCACUCCUAAGAAAAAUUAAGUAAUUAUAAAAAAUUUGAUGGUGGAAUAGAAUGAGCCUAAUUUUUUUAGCUAUCUUGAAAAUUUAAGUCCUUUGACUUCUUUAGAAGUUAAGAAAAUUGCAAAUGAUAAUACUUUGAUUUAAUUUACUAGUUGCCAAAUAUCAUUCACAUCAAUUACAAUAACUGGAAUUUAUAGUUCCUCCUUAAUUAAGAUUAGUGAUUGUCCUAUCAUAUUCCUAUCAAAUAUAUUUCUCCAUAACAUUAAAUUGUUGAAUUUUUUUAAUUUGCUCUACAUUGGGUAAAUUUCUUCGAUAACUAAUACUGUUAUAAUAUUUGACAUUAUUAUUUAAACUUUGGAUUAUUAUUAGGUAAAUAAUCAGUCUAUAGCCGAAUAAUCUAAUUUUGCUAUUAAAUUUUAAAAGUAAUUCUGCUAUCAGGAUAGUUCAUGGACAGAUUAGGUUUAUACGUCAAAUACCCUAAACGUCAAAUCCUUCUUAAGUGAUUUAUAAGCAGUUUCAUUGGAAGUAGGAUCACUGUUCUACUAUAACAGCAUCUCUCAUAAGAAUUUAUUAUCAAUCUCUUAAAUUUAAAUUAUGAAUGUAGAGUGUAAAUAAUGCUUAAAUGGAUUAAUUUAUUUUGAUUUAACUGAUUUCUUAAGAAUAUUUAUUUAAGAAGUAUUUUGUUAUUCAAAUAAUAUACUUAAUUCUGGAUGCUUUGUUGUGAAAUCACAGAUUAAUCAAAGUAAUUUAUUAACUAUAAAAUAAUCCGAGUUUAUUUUGAAUAAAGGCUAAAAUGGAGUGGCGAUUAAUGCUUAGAAUUUGAGAAUUGUUAUGAACAAAUGUAGAUUUUUUAAUAAUUCAGCUUCGAAUUUUGGAGGAGCUAUAUACCUAUUGUAGAACAAUGAAUACUUUCUUUUCAAUCAAACUUUAAUUUCUAACAAUAAAGCCAAGGAAGCAGGCGGCCUAUAUCUUUAAGGGAAUAGCAGUUUAAAUUAAUCAAAUUUUAUUAAUUCUCUCUUAUCCUUAAAUAAAGCUGAUCUGUACUCUAAUAAUCUUUAAGCCAUUCCAGUUAGUCUAGAAUUAUCUAUAAAUCAAGUUUAAAUGUAUUCAAUCUAAAACAAUAUUUCUGAAAAAUAGUUAGCUUUAAAACCCUAUAAAAUGAUUGAGUAAGGUUAAAUAAUUUUAGCAAAAUAAUUAAAACUACCCAGCAACCAAAAGAUAAUCAAUUACAAAAUUUAUAAUACAGUUUAAUUAAAAUUUGUGGAUUAUUUAACAGAAUUUUCAUUAUCUUUGAGGAAUAUCUUUAAUGAAUAACUUCCAAAUAUUAUUAAUCAUACUUGCGAAAUUCACCAAUAAGACUUUGAAUAAAAUUAACCUACUAAAUUAAUUAGUUCAUUAUCAUUUAAUCCAAAUACAAAUAAUUUUGAUCUCGGAUCUUUGUCAUUAAGCAUUGAUCCUUAUUAAUAAAAAGGUGAGAUUAAUCGAAUUUUAAUUUUUUGUUAAUCUUAAUAUUAAAAGUUAUCAUUAUCAUAUAAUUUUGUUGUAUAACCAUUAAAAUGUUAACUAGGAGAAUUUUAUGUUGAUUUUGGUUGCUAACUAUGUGAACCAAAUUAAGGAUUUUAUUCCGUAUCAUAUAAUACUACAAAGUGUUCUAUUUUUGAUCCAACUAAAUUUGUAUCAAUUACAUCAAAUUUAAUUAAUCUCAAAAAAGGCUAUUGGAGACCAACUUUUGAAUCAGAUAUUAUUGAAUAUUGUUUUAAAAAUGAACAGCACUGCAUAGGGGGAUGGUUGGUCGGGAAUUUAAUAUGCAAUAUUGGAUAUUUGGGAGGCUUAUGUGAAGAAUGUGACAAAUAUAACAUAAGAGGACAAGGAGAAUAUUUUAAAUAGAACUAAUAAACUAUUUGUUAAAUUUGCGGUGAAUAUUCACAAACUUUAGCUCCAUUUAUUCUAACUUCAACAUGGUAAAAAAAUAUAUUUAUUCUUAGGGCCAUCUUGUCUAUUCUACUCACUCUGAAGAGCAUUAACAAUUCAAAUAAACUAUUUUAGUCAUUAAAGCUAAGGUAAAAGUUUGCAAAAAUCCUUUUUAAACUCAAUCAAGGUAUCAAUAAAUCAUAUUUUAAGAUCAUGAAAGUAUACAAAUUAAACUCUUUUUAAACUAUUUAUGGAUAUUUUCUGCUAUAUUUACUUUUAACAUCAAUUUUGCAUUUUCUUUCGGCUUCAUUAAUUCAACUAGCAAUCCUUCUUAUUUCAUGGCUAAUACGCUUGAUUGCUAUUUAUCAUAGUUCUCAAAAUAUGAAUUAAUAUACAUUAGGAUACUAGCCAUGAUAAUACUACUUGGAUGUUAGUUAUUGCUAAUUUACAUUGGAUUUAAAAUUCAUGCCAUGAUUACAAAAUGCAAGCUCGACUCCAGCAUUUUUUCGAUAACGAUUGUCUAUUUAUAUGUGUCGAAUUAUGCUGCUUUAUUAACAUAGUAUUAUUAAUAUUAAAUUUAGAUUUUGUUCAGUUUUAGCCAAAAGAACAAUAUCCAAAAUUGAUUAUAUCCAAGGAGAUUUAACCCUUCUCUAUGGAUCCUAAUCUCAUUACUUAUGGACUUUUAGUUUCAUUUUACCAGGAUUGGGCUUGAUUGGAUUUUUUUUCCCCUUCGCUGUAUUUUUCUUCUUGUACCUUAAAAGAGGCGAACUAGAUUAAAUCCAGUUUAGAAAGCAUCUUUGUUAUCUCUUCAAUGAAUAUAAUGAUAAUAAUUAUUUUUGGGAAUGGAUUAAACUAUGGAAAAAAAGCAUUUUCAUUUUUAUAAUGAUAUAUUUUGAAUCUGACAUAAAUUUGAAGGCUUCUUUAUUAGGGCUAUGCUUAUUAAGUUAUCAAUUAUUAGCCAUGAGAAACAAACCAUUCAUUAUUGAAAGUUUUAAUGCUCUAGAUAUAUAAGCAGGAUAAAUCUGUUUAAUUUCACUAUUUUUAGCAGCCGUUAAAUAUAUAAGUGAAUAGAAAAAUAAUAGCGUUUCAGCAAUAAUUUUAUAAUUAUUGAUUAUAUUGCUGUGCAUAAAAUUAUGCUAUCCAUUUCUCUCUAAUAUUACUAAGGUUUAUAUCAAAAAAUAUAAAAUGACCUUAAUUAUUUUAUUUCAUAAGAUCUUCAAUUUUAUUAAGAAGAAUUCAGCCAUCACUCUAUAUUUAGGCAAUAAAAUAAAUUAAUAAAAGUAACGUGAAUAAACUCUGAGAAGAAACUUUAACAAAUUGCAUUAGUAUCUUAUGACAAUUUCCAAAAACUAAACCGACUUUUAAAAAAAGUAUUUGAUCUUUAAAAUUAUAUAGAUCCUUGCUUACUUUAGUAACUUCUUAAAGCUAGAUAAAAUUUUGA